AUGCCCAGUCUCAAGUCUUUCCGUACCAAGCAGAAGCUUGCCAAGUCGCAGAAGCAGAACCGUCCUGUGCCCCAAUGGAUCCGUCUUCGCACCAACAACUCCGUCCGCUACAACGCUAAGCGCAGACACUGGAGAAAGACCAAGCUCGGCAUCUAA